AGGCACCCUGUCGUAUGUGGUAUCUCCACACUGGAUAUUGAUCACACUUCUAUACUGGGAUCUACUUUACCUUCUAUUGCAUGGCAUAAAGCCGGUAUUCUGAAGAACGGUUCGCCAGCAAUCACGAGUUCUGCUCCUCCUGAUGGCUUAUGCUGUGAUGGCGAAGCGUGCCGAAGAGCGUUGAUCUCAGGACUGCUCCACCCUAUGAGUCUUACUCUUUUGCAACGGGUACCUGUAUCAGCUGGCAUUGAUGGUGAACAUCAAAAGAUCAACAUUUCGUUGGCGCUGCAGUUGUCAAGAACAUGGCUCAAGCGGAUGGGGCAUGAAGCGGACGUUUUCCCGGAUGCUAGUGAGAAUGAGUGGCAACUUGGCGAUCCCUUUAAUGUUCCCCAAAUGGUAGUUGAAGCGAUAGAGUCAUGUCAGUGGCGAGGUAGAAGUCAGAUUGUCGACACUGAUCGAGUACGAUAUUAUUUGGAUGGUGCGCAUACUCCGAAAAGUAUGGAGAUGUGUUCAUUGUGGUUUGGGAAAGUGGUCACCAAAGCACCAAAAAGGAAACGAGUUCUAGUUUUUCAAUGUACUGCUGAUCGUAAACCAUCCACCCUGCUCCCAUAUCUUGCUGAGCAUUCCUUUGACUUUGCGUUGUUCUGCCCAACAGCGUUGAAAGUGUCACCUGAUUUGAAGUCUGACCUGACUAACAUCAAUCAAGCACCAAAAGACCAAAUGAUUCGCAGUCAACAAUGCGCUGCCGUUUGGAAGGAAAUCGGAACAGGGGAGGUUUCGGUCUUUGAUUGCAUAACUGCCACUAUUGAGUACAUUGAACGUUUAUCCGAAACGGCAACACUGGAUGUGUUGGUUACAGGAAGCCUUCAUUUAGUUGGUGGAGUUUUAUCCCUUAUAGAGCCGUCAGUGGACUAG